AUGAGCGAAAAUAAUCCCCCGCCAUCCGCCGGCAACAAUAACUCUGCUGAUGUCCCUGGCCAACCCUUCUAUGACAAAACGCGCGCGCAUCUGCGCGCUCUCUUAAGCAAGCGGCGCGAGCUCGAAGCAAAAUUGCAGAGCCAGGAAGCGGAUAUCUUGCGCAAGGAGACGGAAUAUCUAGAGGAUACGCCGUAUGGAAAUAUCAUUAUCGGCUUUGAUGCGUAUACAAAGGGUGUCAGUAGUGUGCCGGGACAGAGAAGGCGAUUAGUGGUCGUGGAGGGGAAUAGGGUCUUUAGUAGGAGUAGUGUUAGUUUUGGGAACGGUGGAGACUCUCCAAUGGACACAGCAACAUCAACUCCCGUGGCAGCUCUGGCCCCCACGCCUCUCUCAACAGCUUUCAUCAAAGCCGGCGACAAAGACGGCGGUUCUAACCACGCUACGCCGACCAGUGCGACGAGCGCGAAUAAAUCCGGUGGGGGAGGCGGUUCGAAGAAGAAUAAGAAAGGCGCGGGAGCCGGAGCAGCCGAGGAUAGUGAUACGGAUACCAGGGAUACGAAGAAGCAGAGGACGAAUUUUGGGGCCUCCGUGGGAAGGAAAUAG